AUGGCGUUUCCUGCCUUCGAGAGCUCGGGACUCUCGAGCAAAUCAGGCCAGACAGCACACGGGCCCGUCGUACAUGAAGAAGAUACGGUCACCUCAAUGCUCAGUUCUGCCGUCGAGGACACAUCCCUCACGAGGAAGACAACCCAAGACGAUCAAUCCAUUGAGCUAGAACCGACCAGACAUGUAGACUAUCUGUCUCAUGAAUGGAAGGAGGAAGAUAUCUGGCUAUCGUGGAGCUACGUUGCCCACAGACGGGGUGGUCUCACCAACGGCACGCGGCUCGAGAAUGCCUCAUGGAGGUCAUGGACCAAGACCAAAAACCGCCUCAAGACGGUGUCACCCGAAACGCUCAACUGGCUGAAAGACUGUGAUGUGACUUGGCUGUAUGGACCACUACAGACCAACAGAAGUACGAACCAGUUGGUAGGAAGCACAUCCCCGUUACCGAGUCGGCUAUCCCAGUCAUCUUCAUUCAUCUCGAAGAAGCCGAUACUCAAAAAGAAGUCGGCCUCGGCCGUCAUUCUGGAGAGAUCAAGGUCACAACACUCCCUUCUACAAAGGGCCGGUGAUAUUAUACGGGUACAGCAAUCCAGCCCUGCCAUCCUGGGUCGGCCCAUCCUCAGACGAGGAAAUUCCGAAUUUGCCUUGCCCAGGUACAGCACGUCCUCAGUGCUCAACACUCCGACUGAGCAUGACAUGCCUGGGUUUAUGGGUCCACGCGCCUCGUUUACAUUUGGCGACCUGGCGACCCCUUCAGAGUGCAAACAUGUUCUCUUUGACGAAGAGGUGCGACAAGUCCAGGCCAUUGAUUCGGAAGACGACGAUAAGCCCGAUGAUGAAGACGAUUCUAGUUUUGAAGACGAUGAAGACGAUGAUUGUGGACUCAUGAUGGCUUCAUCCCACCGAUCCGGAACUGGCAGUGCCCGAACUACUCCUCGGGGUAGUUUUAGCAACGAAUCGAAAACGAUUGUGCCAUUACCAUCGACUACGCUAAAGUACAGGACUGACACUCCUGAACCUCCAGACCAACCCAACUGCGCGAGUGGAUUUUGGCCAACUUCACGAAAACUCUCCCCUUCACCGUCUCAAGAGACACUGCGGCCUUCACGGCCGCAUCAGAAUUUCCUAAUUGACGACGAUCCCGAGUUGGUGGACGAGCCAUGGCAACCGCAGUCGAGAUUGGAUGGAGGACGCUCUCCUUACGACGAUGACGACGACGACGACGACGAAGACACUGACUCACAUCCACACCUGAGAAGAACGGCAUCUGGUAUGUUUAUGCCUUACGAUGAUCACGAAGAAGAAAUCGCCAUGAACAAUACACUGGUGGGACAGGCCUUCUAUGCCGUCAACACUUUUAAGGAUAUAGCCCACGUGAUAUGGAAUGUGGGUUGGAACCGGAGUUGA